CAGUGGCAGGGUGAGGGAGCUUCCCUGUAACUGGCUUCCCCAAAGAGAGGCUGAGUCCAUCCCCCUUACCGUCCCCAGGCAAGGCCCAUCAUUUUCCCUGGGGCAGGGAGAGCUGCUCUUCCAAGCAACCACAUCUGGGGUCUUGCAGCUCCCUGCACUCUUGCCCCCAGUCCCUUCUCCAGCACCGUCUCUCCUGCAGGCAUCUGAUCCCAGCCACUAACCUCUCCCUGGGGAGAGCCCAGCUAAUCCAGGCAGUCACUUGUUGCUGUAAUCCUCUCUCUCCCUCCUUCCCCUCUGCCGGCUGAGCCCAAAGCCCUUCCUGGCAGUGGGACCUGUAGAUCCUAUUAAAGCUUCAACCCAGGGAUAUAAAAGAACAUGAGCAUCUCUCUGAGGCAGAGAGCAUUAAUGCAGUAGACGGGAGGGGAGAAAUGCAGCUCUAGCCCAAGGCUCAGCUGAAAGCCGAGCACCUUCCUGGCUCAGCAGCAUGGGCUGAGCUCUGCCACCAGCCCAGAGCUGCAGCCCUGGGUGGGGAGGCAAGGCAGAAGGCACAGGAGGGAGAGGAUGGCAUCCGCCCACGGCCCCGCUGUGGGAUGCUGCCGUGGUGAGCCUUCUUCCCCUGUGAUGUUACCCACCGGAGCCGGCGCAGGCGUGGGAGCCACUGGGGAGCCGCCGGUGCCCGGGAGCUGCAGGCUGGGCACAGCAGGAUUUCAUCUUCCAGAAGGAGCUGUUUGCUGCCAGAGACCCAGAUCCCAUGCACAACCUCUCUGCUCAGCCCUGGCAGGCGAAGAUGGCCAACCUGACCUACGACAACUUCACCCUGGGCAACCGUUCCGAGGUGGCCAUCCAGCCUCCCACCAACUACAAGACGGUGGAGCUGGUUUUCAUCGCCACGGUCACCGGCUCGCUCAGCCUCGUCACUGUGGUGGGGAACAUCCUGGUGAUGCUGUCCAUCAAGGUGAACCGCCAGCUCCAGACUGUCAACAACUACUUCCUCUUCAGCCUGGCCUGUGCGGACCUCAUCAUCGGGGUCUUCUCCAUGAACCUCUACACAGUCUACAUCAUCAAAGGCUACUGGCCGCUGGGGGCCGUGGUGUGCGACCUGUGGCUGGCCCUGGACUACGUGGUGAGCAAUGCCUCUGUUAUGAACUUGCUCAUCAUCAGCUUUGACCGGUACUUCUGUGUCACCAAGCCCCUGACGUACCCAGCCAGGAGGACCACCAAGAUGGCAGGGCUAAUGAUCGCAGCGGCGUGGAUAUUGUCCUUCAUUCUCUGGGCCCCUGCCAUCUUGUUCUGGCAGUUCAUUGUGGGCAAGAGGACGGUCCCUGAGAGGGAAUGCUACAUCCAGUUCCUCUCCAACCCAGCGGUGACCUUUGGCACGGCCAUCGCUGCUUUCUACCUGCCCGUGGUCAUCAUGACGGUGCUGUACAUCCAUAUCUCCCUGGCCAGCAGGAGCAGGGUGAGGAGGCACAAGCCUGAAAGCAGGAAAGAGAGGAAAGGCAAGUCCCUCAGCUUCUUCAAGGGCCCCCUGAUCAAACAGAACAACAAUAAUUCCCCCAAGAGGGCUGUGGAGGUGAAGGAGGAGGUGAGGAAUGGGAAAGUGGAUGACCAGCCCUCAGCACAGACAGAGGCCACUGGCCAUCAGGAGGAGAAGGAGACCUCCAACGAGUCCAGCACUGUCAGCAUGACCCAGACCACAAAAGACAAGCCCCCAGCAGAAAUCUUGCCAGCGGGGCAAGGACAGAGCCCAUCCCACCCCCGGGUGAACCCAUCUUCCAAGUGGUCCAAGAUUAAGAUUGUGACCAAGCAGACUGGGACCGAAUGCGUCACCGCCAUCGAGAUCGUCCCAGCUAAGGCAGGAGCCUCUGACCACAACUCCCUGGCCAACAGCCGCCCAGCCAACGUCGCCAGGAAGUUUGCUAGCAUCGCCAGGAGCCAAGUACGGAAGAAGCGCCAGAUGGCAGCCCGGGAGAAGAAAGUCACCCGCACCAUAUUUGCUAUCCUGCUAGCCUUCAUACUCACGUGGACGCCAUACAACGUGAUGGUCCUCAUUAACACCUUCUGUGAGACCUGCGUGCCCGAAACAGUGUGGUCCAUCGGCUACUGGCUCUGCUACGUCAACAGCACCAUCAACCCAGCCUGCUACGCCCUCUGCAAUGCGACUUUCAAGAAAACCUUCAAGCACCUUCUCAUGUGCCAGUACAGGAACAUUGGCACAGCCAGAUAAACUGGUGCUCAGGGACCACUUCAGCAACGUUAUGGAAGCCCUUCCCUUUGCCUCCUUUGCUGGGGUGGGGUUCCUCUGCUCCCCACUCACAACGGUGCAGACUGUGCCGUGACUGCAGAUGAUGCCCUUCAUCCAAUGCUGACGAAGGUCCAAGGCACCUCUGAGCUGUGGCUGCCUCACCCUGGGCCCUGGGACUAACAUGGGGAGCCAGCGGGAAAGCCGGAGGGAAGAGAAGGAGAUGCGCUCACCAGGACCCCUCCCCAGCUCCCUGCUCUGAAGAGAUAUUGGCCAAAUGGCAUCAGUGUUUGUCCUAAGACUGGAUGCCUCUUCUCCCCCCCCGGCUGACCGUCUCCAGGCCAUCAGAGCUUGUCUGCAUGCAGACGGCCUAAUGCUGGAUGCUUUCAAUAGGCUUUUAAACUGUUUAUUACCGAAGAAAUGAAAAGAAAGCAGGGCCAAGCAUUUGUAAGCCAUCUUGGACCAGGCUGGCUCGGGCAUGCUCAUGGGGAGUCCUGCUGGCACAGCCAGACCCCCCUCCCAAGGCAGUCAAGAUUACACCCUAGCAGAUUGGGCAAGCUCCUUCCUUUCCCUUGAGAGACGCCAUGGUACAUCCUCACCCAGGGACACGGGGGGUGUGGAAUUUUUCCCUGGACUUCAGCUCCGCUCUCCCCUUCAUGCCCUUUCUGCCCUUGGCCAGCAAUUGGCUGGACAGACAGACAAACCAAGCAUCUCACUCCUGGGUGAGGAGUGUGAAACCCAGUCACGUCCUACAGUGACGGAAACUAAAACUGCAAAGAAAAGCAGUGGUGCGGUACAGGACUUCUCCCCACGACCCUGGGGGAAUGUGGGCCCUGGGAAGUCGGCAGCAGCGACAGUGAAAAUAACUGUCCUUGGGAGGGAUGGGGAGAGUUGGGGGGUCUUGGAGGGGGUUGGGAAGAGGGUCUACAAUGUGGCCGAGGUGCCCUGUGUCUCAUCUCGGCCAUGAGCAGGUCCCUGCUCUCCCCAUGGCGGGUGUGGGAGGCCUGAUGCACGACUCUGGGGAGGCAGGAGAGGACGGCAGUGGCCCCCAGCCCUGCUCCUGCCCCUGCCCCGGGUGCAGGGGGACACCCCAGGGAGGCUGAAGGAGCCGGGUGCUGAGCUUUGUAAAUGGAUGUAAACCUGUUGUUGGUGUCGUGGCGGAGCCCUCAGCAUGCAGCUUCAGCCAGCAUCUCCAGCUCCCUCCCAGCCCACCUGUGUGCGCAGCCCGGACCACCCCGGGGCUGCUCCUCAGGUUCGCCCAAAGCUGGGUCUCUGCAAGCCUUGGUGGACAUGGCUGGGUGAAGGCGAGGGAUGGGACAGGGCGACGCUGGCACUGGCAAACUCCGUAUCCAUUCCCACGGCGGGGUGAUGCUGUGUAACCUGGAGAAAGUCUGCCCUGGCCCAGAUGGGGAUCCCCCCGCCACUGCCUUUAGGAUAAUUCACAUAGCGGUGCCCAAAAUGCCUGGUGGGCCUUUGUUUUUGUUUUUUUUUUAAACCGUUACAACCACAGCCCAACCCACCCCGAGACAAAUAAAGACCUCGCACCAGAA